AAAUGCAAUUUGUAAACCUAAAGUCAGAGCCGUCGAACAGUGUGCCGUGGUCAAUAACAAACAAGGAUAAUAAAGAUAGGAAGAGAAACUCGGUGGAGAGUCGAAUAGUAGCGGUUCAUAGAUUAAUGCAGAAACAACCACCCACACCAGCUAAAGUUAAAACAGAAACGACGAAGGGGACGGUACAGAAGCCGAUCAAAGUUGAUGAUAUUGCUCGCGAGACUAUUAAACGAAAAAGAGGAAAAGCGACGAGUGUUGCUGACGAAGACAGUGAAACGAUAGUCAUAAAUAAUGAGUUGGAGGCAAAUACGGACGAUAAACCGCUACUGAAGAGUAAUUCGAGCAAGACGUAUGGUGACGAAGAGGUACCGCGGCCUAAAAGGGGAUGA